UAUACCAUUGGAAAGGUCUUGAAAAAUGCUUCGAAUGAUACCAAAUUUUUUUUUGGUGGGUGCAUAUAAUUUUUUCGGUUUUCCUCUGUUUUUGGGGUAGUAGCGGGGACUUACGGGAGCAGCGAACCCGGCUUAUCCUAGACAAGCACCAUGGGUUUAGGUGUCUAAGCUAACCGCCGCACCCGACGGCCACCGCACCCGACGGCCACCGCACCCGACGACCGCCGCUCCCGAGCGCCGGUUAAGUAAGUCCCCUCUACUAAAAUUGGUAUCAUUCAAAAGCAUUUUUCAAGACCUUUCCAAUACUUUUCACGAUUCUUAAUUAAAAAUUACUCUUUUUGAUCAAAACUAUCAAAAUUAUAAUUUCACACCUUCGCGCACAAGCAGACGUGAGGACGCACAAGUGGAUGGGGGUUGAGAUUAGAGUUCGUGGGUAUGCGGGUUCACUUUCUCGUACAUUUUCUCAAACGAUAAGGAUCGGUCCGAACAUUUGGCGAGAAUAUUUACAAACCAAAUAAAACGAGGGGGUUCCAUCGGAUAUCAUGUGCACUGAUUAUGAAAUUUGUAUGUGAAUGCAUUUGGAAAAAAUUCACCUGACUAUAAAACCGUUAAAAAACCGUUGCUCCCGUAUAUUCAAGCUACUCUCAGCUUAAGGCUUUGGGAAAUGUCCAUGGUUGCAAUGCAACAUCUUAAGCUAAUGUUGACCCUAACCUAAGAACAAGGUUGAUACACCAUCAAUAUUUACCUAGAACCUGAACCCUCCUACACCACGUUCACCACCCGAUAACUUGUUAUCCAUCCUUGUAUUGAUUUGACCUCUGAUAUCCAUUAGACAGGUGUCUGGGCGGGUUUCUAUAUUCAAGAACCAAUCGGAUUGGUUCUCGGAGUAAAACAUACCUGUAUGCACUCCCUGAUACCAAUGGAUGUAACUGUGCAAUUCAUUGACUCCGAGGACGAGGUGGAAGUACCCCCUACCAAAGACUCGGAUGUAAUUAUUAUUGAAAACACAGAUCAGGAACCUCUGGAUGCUUCCGACUCUCAGGAUGCGGUUGAGCUGGUUCUACGAGGCGUGUUUGCGCCUGCUACAGUGUCAACUAAAACGGAGCCAAUUGGAGCUGACUAUGGCUCCCUUGAGUGUAGCGAUUUUCCAUUGGGGAGGACCACUCAAGAAGUUUUGAAUCAACUAAUACGGGACGAUGAAGACGAUGAAGACGAUGAUCAAUUUCAAUGUGGACAGAGAUUUGAAUUGGACGAAGCUUUCUCAAACUCUCAAGGCAAUACGUUUCCUGAUGAUGAUCACAUCUUUGAUCAGAUCAUCGAGUCCAACCCCUCGAACGAAUAUUUAAAAAUGAUGGAUGAAGACGAAGAACACAACCUACUAGACGUUUUAUUUGAUCCAGGAUUGUAAUUUUCCAUGUUGAAAAAAAAAUUAUAAUAAAUAAA